GGGACUAAGAAAGGAGACCAUGUUCACCGGUAGAAGUAGAAUGGAGCUUCAGUUACCAGGGUCCUGAGAACUGGAAGAAAAAGGAUUCAAUCUUCAAGUUGGGAGGCCCUCUUCUUACCUUUCUCAGAAAUUGCAAGGGAUUCAGUCCUGAUCAGCACUGAAGCUAUAGCAUUCUGGAACCAAACCGUGGAGACACCAAGAAACCAUGAGUGUAAGGUUACCCCAGAGUAUAGACAGAUCAGCCAGUAAAAAGCAGUCUCACCUGUCCAGCCCCAUUGCAGCCUGGUUAAGUAGCCUGUCAUCUCUGGGAGAUUCCACACCUGAGCGCAAGUCCCCUUCCCACCACCGCCAGCCUUCUGACACCUCAGAGACAACAGGUCUUGUUCAACGCUGUGUCAUCAUCCAAAAAGACCAGCAUGGCUUUGGCUUCACGGUCAGUGGGGAUCGCAUUGUUCUGGUGCAGUCUGUGCGACCUGGAGGUGCAGCCAUGAAAGCUGGUGUGAAAGAGGGCGACCGAAUCAUCAAAGUCAACGGCACCAUGGUGACCAACAGCUCACACCUGGAGGUGGUAAAGCUUAUUAAAUCUGGCGCCUAUGUUGCACUGACCCUCCUGGGCUCUUCACCUUCACCUGUUAGUGUCUCUGGGCUCCAACAGGAACCAUUCCUGGCAGGAGCUCCCCGAGUCAUCCCUGUGAUCCCACCACCUCCACCUCCACCUCUGCCACCUCCACAACGCAUCACAGGACCCAAACCUCUGCAGGAUCCUGAAGUUCAAAAACAUGCUACCCAGAUCCUCAGGAAUAUGCUGAGGCAAGAGGAAAAAGAGUUACAGCGUAUCUGUGAGGUGUAUAGCCGGAACCCCGCCAGCCUGCUGGAAGAGCAAAUCGAAGGUGCCCGGCGGCGUGUCACUCAGUUACAGCUGAAGAUCCAGCAGGAGACUGGUGGCUUAGUGGACAUACUUCCAACCUAUGGUGACACCAGCCAGAGACCAUCAGAAGGCCGUCUCUCUCUGGAUUCUCAGGAGGCAGACAGUGGCUUGGACUCUGGAACAGAGCGCUUCCCCUCCCUCAGUGAGUCAUUGAUGAAUCGGAAUUCGGUACCAUCAGACCCUGGACUAGACAGUCCUCGAACCUCCCCCGUGAUCAUGGCCAGGGUGGCCCAGCACCACAGGCGGCAGGGCUCAGAUGUACCAGUCCCUCCAUCCAGCAGUGACCAGGGUAUAGAUCAGAGCCCGAAGCCUUUAAUUAUUGGCCCAGAGGAAGAUUACGAUCCGGGUUAUUUCAACAAUGAGAGUGACAUCGUCUUCCAAGAUCUCGAAAAACUGAAGUCACGUCCAGCUCAUCUGGCAGUUUUUCUCCGUUACAUCUUCUCUCAGGCAGACCCCAGUCCACUGCUUUUUUACUUGUGUGCAGAAGUUUAUCAGCAGAUAAACCCCAAGGAGUCCCGAAGCUUGGGAAAAGACAUCUGGAAUAUUUUCCUAGAGAAAAAUGCGCCUCUCAGAGUGAAGAUCCCUGACAUGUUACAAGCUGAAAUUGAUCUGCGCCUGCGGAAUGGUGAGGACAUCCGGGGCAUUCUAUGCGAAGCUCAGGAGGCAACCAUGCCUGAGAUCCAGGAGCAGAUCCAUGACUACAGAACCAAACGCACUCUGGGGCUGGGCAGCCUCUAUGGUGAAAAUGACCUGCUAGACCUGGAUGGGGACCCUUUGCGAGAGCGCCAAAUGGCCGAGAAGCAGCUGGCUGCCCUCGGAGAUAUAUUGUCUAAGUACGAGGAAGACAGGAGUGCCCCCAUGGACUUUGCCCUCAAUACCUACAUGAGCCAUGCUGGAAUCCGUCUUCGGGAGGCAAGACCCUCCAACACAAUUGAAAAGGCCCAAUCUGCACCUGACAAGGACAAGUGGCUGCCCUUCUUCCCUAAGACCAAGAAGCAGAGCAGCAAUUCCAAGAAAGAAAAGGAUGCCUUGGAGGACAAAAAGCGAAAUCCCAUCCUCAAAUACAUUGGGAAGCCCAAAAGCUCUUCUCAGAGCACAUUUCAUAUUCCCUUGUCCCCUGUGGAAGUCAAGCCAGGCAAUGUGAGGAACAUCAUUCAGCACUUUGAGAACAGCCAGCAGUAUGAUGCCCCAGAACCGGGGACACAGCGACUCUCAACAGGAAGCUUUCCCGAGGACCUGCUGGAGAGUGACAGUUCACGCUCAGAGAUUCGCCUGGGCCGUUCUGAGAGCCUUAAGGGCCGGGAAGAGAUGAAACGAUCUCGGAAGGCAGAGAAUGUGCCCCGUUCUCGAAGUGAUGUUGACAUGGAUGCGGCUGCUGAAGCCACUCGCCUCCACCAGUCAGCCUCAUCUUCUGCCUCCAGCCUCUCCACCAGGUCUCUUGAGAACCCAACCCCUCCCUUUACCCCCAAAAUGGGCCGCAGGAGCAUCGAGUCCCCCAGUCUGGGCUUCUGCACAGAUGCCCUCCUUCCCCACCUUUUAGAGGAUGAUCUGGGCCAAUUGUCUGACCUGGAACCAGAGCCAGAUGCCCAGAACUGGCAGCAUACAGUGGGCAAGGAUGUGGUAGCUGGGCUGACUCAGAGGGAAAUCGACCGACAGGAGGUCAUCAAUGAACUGUUUGUGACUGAAGCUUCUCAUCUGCGUACACUCCGGGUCCUGGACCUCAUCUUCUACCAGAGAAUGAAGAAGGAGAAUCUGAUGCCCCGGGAGGAGCUAGCCCGUCUCUUCCCUAAUCUGCCUGAACUCAUAGAGAUCCACAAUUCCUGGUGUGAAGCCAUGAAGAAGCUUCGGGAUGAGGGUCCCAUCAUCAAAGAAAUCAGUGACCUCAUGUUGGCUCGGUUUGAUGGUCCUGCCCAAGAGGAACUCCAGCAAGUGGCUGCACAAUUCUGUUCCUAUCAGUCAAUAGCCUUAGAGUUGAUUAAAACCAAGCAGCGCAAAGAGAGCCGCUUCCAGCUCUUCAUGCAGGAGGCUGAGAGCCACCCUCAGUGCCGGAGGCUGCAGCUCAGAGACCUCAUCAUCUCUGAGAUGCAGCGACUCACCAAGUACCCACUGCUGCUGGAAAACAUCAUCAAGCACACAGAAGGUGGCACACCUGAGUAUGAGAAGCUCUGCCGGGCUCGAGAUAAGUGCCGGGAGAUUCUCAAGUUUGUGAAUGAAGCAGUGAAGCAGACAGAGAACCGGCACCGAUUAGAAGGCUAUCAGAAACGCCUAGAUGCCACUGCCUUGGAGAGGGCCAGCAACCCUCUGGCAGCAGAGUUCAAGAGCCUGGAUCUUACAACCAGGAAGAUGAUCCAUGAGGGGCCCCUGACCUGGAGGAUUAGCAAGGAUAAGACUUUGGACCUCCACGUUCUGCUGCUGGAGGACCUGCUAGUGCUGCUGCAGAGACAGGAUGAGAGGCUUUUGCUUAAGUGCCACAGCAAGACAGCCGUGGGCUCCUCAGACAGCAAGCAGACCUUCAGCCCCGUACUCAAGCUCAACGCUGUGCUCAUUCGCUCCGUGGCUACAGAUAAACGGGCCUUCUUCAUUAUCUGCACAUCCGAACUGGGCCCUCCUCAGAUCUAUGAGCUGGUUGCAUUGACAUCAUCAGACAAGAACACAUGGAUGGAGCUCUUAGAAGAAGCUGUGCGGAACGCCACCAGGCACCCUGGAGCUGCCCCAACACCCAUCCAUCCCCCACCCGCAGGCCCUCAGGAACCAGCUCACCAGGGCCCAGCCCCCAGCAGGAUAAUACUGGAUGAUUCAGAAGUGUUUCAUAGUGAACCAGAACCCGAGGAACUCACUGGAGGCACUGGGCUCCAGCAGAGAGUCCAGGGGAAGCAGCCCAGGCCACCAGAGGAUCCUGAGCAGGAGAGUAGUACAGAGGAGGAAGAGUCAGGUGCCAUGCCUCACCUUCCUGCAUCCCUGGAUGGAGAGAAAAGGGACCCCAUCCAGCUGGCCCUCCCAGGCCCUCUGUUCAUAGAAGGACUUGCUGAUUCAGCCUUGGAAGAUGUGGAAAACCUGCGGCACCUGAUCCUGUGGAGCCUGCUUCCAGGACACACUGUGGACACUCCAGCUGUUGUGGAGCCCGAAGAUGACCUGACACCUACACCUUCUGUCAUCAGCAUCACCUCUCAUCCCUGGGACCCAGGAUCCCCAGGACAGGCUCCUACUGGAGAUGAUGGAGACAGUACCCAGCUCCCAGGGCCACAAGGAGCCCAGGCAGAGCAGAAAGACACAGUGCUCUAUUCUCUGGCACACCUGCCCCCAAGGACCAGAAACUCUGGCAUCUGGGAGUCUCCUGAGCUGGAUAGGAAUCCACCUGAAGAGGCUUCAGGCACACAGGCAGCAGGAAGUUACAAAGUUGUAAGAAAAGCUGAGGUGGCAGGCAGCAAAGUUGUCCCUGCACUACCAGAGAGUGGCCAGUCCGAGCCUGAGCCACCUGAAGUGGAAGGCGGAUCAAAGGCUAUGGGGAACUGUUUUUAUGUCAGCAUGCCAGCAGGACCUCUGGACUCCAGCACUGACUCUUCUGGGGCACCCACAAGCCCAUCCCAGCCUGGUAGCCUCCCUGGCUGGCAGACAGAGCCUCAGCCCCAGCUGCGGGGAAGCAGUAGAGAUCAAGGACGCUUUAGCCACUCUCCUCCGAGCCUGGCCCUCAGGGACGUGGGCAGGAUCUUCCGUACCAUUGAGCAGCUCACCCACAAGCUCAACAGGCUUAAGGACAUGGAACUGGCCCACAGAGAGCUACUGAAGUCCCUUGGGGGAGAAUCAUCUGGUGGCACCACACCUGUGGGCAGUUUCCACAUAGAGGCAGCCAGGUGGACAGACAGCUCCCUCUCACCUCCAGCCAAGGAAGCCCUGGCCUCUGACUCCCAGAACAGCCAUGAACCAGGGUCCUGCCCUGAGGAUGGCUCUGAUGCCCCCCUGGAAGACAGCACCACAGACACGUCACCUGGACUGUAACCAUCCAAACCUCCUCCUGUGGAAGAGGCCCUUGGGGAAACAGAUACAGCCAAGGCCUAGGGGGAGACCCGCAUGUUGCUUGGUCUGCUCAGAAUGGAGUCAAGUUUCAGUGUCUUUUCCCCCUCCCUUUAGCCCUUCCCUCCGAGGCCUUUGUCUCCUGAGCAUGCUGACUGCUUCUGAAAGGCCCCAUUCAUGAUGGUCUGCCCCCUCUCAGAGUAUGGGUGCACAAGAGGAGGGGAGGAGGCUGCUGUGUUAAUGCACUUUCUCCCUCCCCUCUCCACAGGCCCCAGCAAGCAGGGUGCCUACCCCUCCUCUUUGUCACUUUGGUUUCUUAUAAAUAUGUAUGUAUUGUAUGUGCAUCUUUGCUAUUGUAAAUAACUUGACCUUUUUUGUUUCUGUCCCCGGAGGGCUGGAAGUGGUUACAGAGGGACUGCUGAGGUUAGAGGGGCUUCACUGGCAUCUCUGGUUAGCAACCCAGCUCCAGGGUCAGGGCCUGAAAACAGAGCUAAACCAGACCACUGUCCUCUGAGGACAAGAAGGUCUCCCCCGGCUCCAGCCCUACCUAGCUCCAGAGCCCCUCCUCUGGCCUGGUGCUGAGCUACCCCUUCUUCCUACAACUCAUCCUCAUCCUGGUCAGGAGACAGGGCUGUGGGGAACUUCUUCCCCUACCUGUGUCCCCCCUUCCCCAGUCUGCCCCUAUAGAAAACCCGUGUAGCAGGUACGGAGCUGAAAAUGGACCCCAGGAGGAGGGCUGGGGAUUUGAAUGCUGGAGUCCCUGAAUUAAUCCAGGACCAUCCCAGGAGCCACUGCAGCAUUGGCCCAUGUCCUCACUCCACAUCCCACUGAACAGAAUAUACACACUGUGCUAGGUGUAUAUAUACAUAUAUAUAUAUAUAUAUAAAUAUAUAUAUAA